CUAACACAUCCCUCUUUUCGCUUGUUUUUCCCGCUUUACGAAAAUUCUGUUUUGCCCUUGCAGAUGAUAAGGCAUGCAGGAGUGCGCGAUGGUGAUUGUGUUGUUGAAGUUGGCCCAGGCCCAGGUUCGAUUACGCGAGCAAUUUUGGAAACAAACUGCCGUCGGUUGGAUGUCAUCGAAAUUGACCAUCGCUUCAUUCCGCCACUCGAAGUGUUGAAGGAGGUAAGCGAAAAUCGUAUGUUCAUACACCAUGCCGAUAUCCUUAAAACCGACGUUGGUCGUAUUUGGUCUGAAGCCGGUCUUGAGCGUGUUCCAUGGGAUAAUGAGAUUCCAAAAAUGCACGUUAUCGGCAAUCUUCCGUUCAACAUUGCCUCGCCAUUAAUCAUAAAAUUCCUGCGCGAAAUGCUAUACCGUCGAGGACCAUGGUCAUUUGGUCGUGUACCAUUAUUGUUAACAUUUCAAAUGGAAGUGGCCGAGCGACUCUGUGAGCCAUAUUUGAUCGUUCUUCUGUUUCUGGAAACUGCAUUUGUUUGGAUGGUUUUCGUUCAUGGACAACUGCAUUAUGAUGAUAUUUCAGGACGAUGCUUUGUUCCUCGACCUAAAAUUGAUGUUGGUAUUGUUCGAUUUAUCCCACGCAGAGAUCCUCUGAUUAAAACUUCAUUUGAGGUGGUUGAAAAAGUCUGCCGACGUAUUUUCAACUAUAGGCAAAAAUAUGUCGUCAAAGGCAUUCGAAGUCUGUAUCCGAAGGAGCUCGCCAUAACGCUGGCCGAAGAUGUGCUGUCUCGGUGUCGAAUUGAUCCAACAACCACCUCAAUACGUCUUGGUGUUGAGCAGUUCGCUGAUAUAUGUUAUGUAUACGAGGAGCAUUGUCGGAAGUAUCCUGGAGUGUUUUUGUAUGAGCAUUCCAAUCAGGGCCGCACUUUGGAACAACUCUCUCGAUUACCAAACGCUUUGCCACCAAAAAAUCCUUUCGAUGGCGAAUUUCCAACCGAAGGCGUAGCACUGUCAAAAGCCGCCCCGAUAUUUUCGGAUGGUAAAUUCGUGUAG